ACGGAUGACGCACAAAGUACGGGACAGGGCAAGCGCCAGUGGAAAUUGGAAAAAAAGAAACAAGAUGGCAACAGUUUCAGAGCACGGGCUAAAAAGAGUAGUUUGGCAAAGAAUAAAGGAAACGAUCAUCGAGGAUUGCAAGAAGUCAGAAAUAUGGAAGAUAUUGAUAUUGGACCACUUCACCACCAAGCUUCUGUCGUCAUGCUGCAAAAUGUCCGACUUGAUGCAGGAGGGAAUUACCAUUGUGGAGGACCUCUACAAAAGCAGAGAGCCUGUACUAGAAAUGAAGGCUAUCUACUUCAUGACCCCGACAGCAAAGUGUGUGGAUGCCUUCAUUGGUGACUUCAAGUUGAAACCCAAGUACAAAGCAGCAUACGUUUAUUUCACUGACUAUUGUUCGGAUGAGUUGUUCAACAAAAUGAAACUGUACUGUGGAAAGUAUAUACGUGUCUGUAAGGAAUUAAACAUUUCCUUCUUGCCCCAGGAGUCACAGGUGUUCACUUGUGAUAACCCUGGGGCCUUCCGCAGUAUCUACAGCCCUCACUGUAGUCAGGACAAAGUGAAGACAUUGGAGACUUUGGCAGCCCAGAUCGUCACUCUCUGUGCCACGCUGGACGAGAACCCAGGGGUCAGAUACAAGAAGGAGACCGUGUUGGAGAACACCACUCUGGAUAACGCCAAACAGCUAGCAGCACUGGUGGAUUACAAACUGACUAAGCACUACGAUAUGGAUGACAAUAGCAAGAAAAAGGGAAAAACCCAGGCCCAGCUGUUAAUCGUAGAGAGGGGCUUUGACCCUGUGACCCCCAUCCUACAUGAGCUGACCUAUCAGGCCAUGGCCUACGACCUUGUCCCAAUCAAGAACGACACCUACAAAUACAAGUCUAAAGAUGGUUCUGAGAAGGAGGCCCUGCUGAAUGAGGAUGACCAGCUGUGGGCCAGACUCAGACACAUGCACAUUGCUGAGGUGUCAGAACAAAUACCUAAACUGGUGAAAGAAAUUUCUGCCAACAAAAAACAGCCAGAUGGAAAGAUCACAAUAAGCGGUUUAUCCCAGCUUAUGAAGAAGAUGCCCCACUUCCGCAAGCAGGUUGCUCAGAAAACGGUCCAUCUGAAUUUGACUGAAGACUGUAUGAACCACUUCCAGAAGAACGUGGAGAAACUCUGCAAAGCUGAGCAGGACCUGGCAGUAGGGUCUGAUGUGGAGGGUGUGAAGGUGAAGGACCCCAUGAGGACACUGCUCCCUGUCCUGCUGCACCCCCAUGGUACCUAUGACAAGAUCAGAGCUGUUCUCCUCUACAUCUUCAGUCUCAAUGGAACAACAGAGGAAAACCUGAACAAACUCAUCCAGCACGUUAAGAUCGAGGAGGAUCGAGAGUUCAUUCUCAACUGGCGAGAACUGGGAGUCCCCAUCAUAUCUUCGCCGAGCUUCUUCCCAAUGCGUAGGUCAUCUCGAAGGGACCGCACUCAGGAGGAGACAUACAGCCUGUCCCGAUGGACACCUGUCAUCAAAGACGUGAUGGAGGAUGCUGUGGAGAACAAGCUGGAGACCAGGGAAUGGCCACACCAGUCAGAGUGCCCAGCAGCCUGGAAUGGCUCUGGGGCUGUCAGUGCCCGUCAGAAACACAAGGCCAGUACACAGGAUGAGCGGAGGAGUGGCUCCAGGCUCAUCAUCUUUGUCAUCGGAGGGAUUAGCUACUCAGAGAUGCGCAGUGCCUACCAGGUCACACAGUCCGUCAAGUCCUGCGAGGUCAUCAUAGGAUCGUCCCACAUUGUGACCCCCAUGGAGCUCCUAGAUGAUAUUCAGGCCCUGAGUAAACCAACCACCACCAAGGAGACCUUUACAAUAGUGAAGGAGUGACCCACCCCGUACCCCUUCCCCAAACAUAACACCCUCCCCCAAACCUGAGCACAGAGCACUCAACUUCAUCAAUGGAAGACUGAAGGGAAUUCAUAUUCUAGAGUUUAGUCAUUAGCUAUGUGUAUUAUUAAUACUUAACUUUGGAACCUGGUGCAUAUUUGUAACAUAACCGUUGUGCCCUACACUAAAGUGCAUUUAUUACCUUUUUAUCAAAUCUGUGUGCGUGUGCGUCUCUAAUGGCACCCUUUAUUCCAUAAAAAGUGCACUACUUUUGAUUAGGGCCCAUAGGGCUCUGGUCAAAUGUAGUGCCCUGCUGGGGAAUAGAGUUCCAUUUGAGAUGCACCCUGUUUUUUUUUUUUCUCGCUUUAAAACACUCAAUGUUCCAUGUUGGAAAGCUUCUGAGAAAUGCUUAGAGAUGUAAUUUGGAUAAAAUAUAUGGAGCUAAGAUAAUGUACAUAUGAUGUAAGCACUGUCUGUCUGCUGCUAGCUAAAUCCUCUCUCCCCUCCAUUACUGUUUAUUUUGUCAUAGAUGAUUUACAUUUUCUUGUAUUGAACUGCUGAUGAAUAAAUGGCCGACAUGGUUCAA